AUGCCAAGAGCUCCAAGAAACUACUCUAAGACCUACUCGGUUCCAAAGAGACCUUUCGAAAUCGCAAGAUUGGACGCAGAAUUGAAGUUGUGCGGUGAGUACGGUUUGAAGACUAAGCAUGAAAUCUAUAGAAUUGGAUACCAGCUUUCCAAGAUUAGAAGAGCUGCAAGAGACUUAUUAACCAGAGAUGAGAAGGAUCCAAAGAGAUUGUUUGAGGGUAACGCUUUGAUCAGAAGAUUGGUUAGGGUUGGUAUCUUACCAGAAGACAAGAUGAAGUUGGAUUACGUUUUGUCCUUGAAGAUUGAGGACUUUUUGGAAAGAAGAUUACAAACUCAAGUGUUCAAAUUGGGUUUGGCUAAAUCCGUUCAUCAUGCUAGAAUCUUGAUUAAACAGAGACAUAUUGCUGUUGGUAAACAGCUUGUUAGCAUCCCAUCUUACAUGGUUAGAUUGGACUCCCAAAAGCACAUUGAUUUCGCUGCUACUUCUCCUUACGGUGGAGGUAGAGCUGGUAGAGUUAAGAGAAGAUCCGAGAAGGCUAAGGCUGACGCCGCUAAGGCUGAGGAGGAAGGUGCUGACAAGGAGUAA